AAAUUCAGCGUCAGCUACGUCAGUUGGCUAAAUCUGGGGGAAAAUCCGAAAUCACUACAAAAAAAUUAAAGAAAAAAAUGUUUCUCUUGCUUUUUAUUGUGCAUUGUAUUUAUUUAUGGUGCUAAUUAGAGCGCAAAAAAUGGAGGGGUUAUAAUAAUGAUCUCCUUUUUGCUAUCACUGCCAAACUUUUUCGUUUUCAAUCAAAUGAGCGAUAAUUAGGCGCAAAAAUGUCUUGUAAUUACGCCGAUGGAUUGUCUCCUUACGAGCAUAAGGGUGUGUUAGGGGCCCCUGAGCGUUUUGAACCCCCUGAGAGGGUGCAAGAAAAGUGCGAAAUGUUAGCUGACUGGAUUCGAAACGCAAGACAUGUCGUACUGCACACAGGUGCAGGUAUUAGCACUUCUGCAGGUAUUCCAGAUUUCAGGGGGCCUAAUGGAGUCUGGACUUUGGAAAAGCAAGGCAAGAAGCCAAACAUUGAUAUCUCUUUCAAAGACGCGAUUCCGACGAAAACCCACAUGGCUAUAAAAAAACUGGUUGAAGAAAAUUACGUCCAUUACAUAAUUAGCCAAAAUAUUGACGGUUUGCAUCUGAAAAGUGGAAUCACCAGGAAAUACAUUGCAGAAUUGCACGGAAAUAUGUUUGUUGAACAAUGCAAUUUUUGCGACAGCCAGUUUGUGCGGAAUUUGCCAACUGCGACUGUUGGAAAAAAAUGUCUCGAGAUUAAUUGUAAGAGGAUACUGAGGGGGAGACCUUGCAGGGGGAAACUGUGUGAUACAAUCCUUGACUGGGAACACAACUUGCCUGAAAAAGACUUGGAAAUGUCAGACUACCACUCCAGUGUGGCAGAUUUAAAUAUUUGUUUGGGCACUACUUUACAAAUCGUUCCGAGCGGAAAUUUGCCACUCAGGUGCAAAAAGUUCGGGGGGAAAGUUGUCAUAAUCAACUUGCAACCUACAAAACACGACAAAAAGGCUGAUUUAAUAAUUAACACUUAUGUUGACGAUGUGUUGGAAAAAGUCAUGAAGAGAUUGGGAUUAGAAAUCGUCGAAUAUUGCGAAAAAGGCGAUCCUACAGUGAAUUCUCUUGAAGGACUUAAUUGGAACAUCACAAAAUGUAAUAUUAAAGAAGUCAAGGCGCUGUAUGACUUGUACUGUAAGAAAACAAAGAAGAGAAAACUGGAAAUGAAGAAACAACGUGACUCUAAGACGAAAAAAGAAGAGAAAACCGAAAUCAUUGAUUUAAUGUAACAUUUAUACUAAAAAUAAAGAUACGAAACCGG